GUGCAACAGAAAACUUCAGUUGUUGUUUAAUUUAGAACUUAGCAAGAUUUUCAUGAUUUAAACCCUUUAAGUGGUUAGAUCUAAAUUUCACUGUUCAGUUAAAUGUAGAUCUUCAGUUUCUGUUCUAAUCUGACAAAGUUGAACCUUGGUCUCCUUCAAAUUCUUUAAGUGAAAAAAGAGAAGAGGAUCUACUACACUCUCAAGCUUAUCAUAAAAGUACUUGUGCAAUAAUGUUUUGGAAUGACUAUCCCUGAUAUUACCUGACAUUGUCUCAAGUAAAUAUCAGGCUCACAGAUUAGGGAAUCUUAUUCUGAGCUUUAAUUGUUGAUAUCGCCACCUACAGAAUAGUGAAAAGCAGCAUUAUUAGUACGUAUAUAAAAAUGAAAGCUAUGUGAUGGCCAAUACUUGUGGUUCCUUUGGCAUCACAGACAUGUUAGAAAUCUUCCUUUGGAACUUUAUCGCCUGUGUUGAUUUUUUAAUGUAGUUUUAAUAGAAUUAUAGCUGUCACAUUCAUUUUGUGGAUGAUGUAUCAUGUUCAAGGAAGAGCUUUCAAUACCCUUCUGUAUCAAAAGUGAGGUUCAGAUGCACUACAGCACACAAUCUUAUUGGUUGUUUGUUUAUUCGUGAACAAAUCUUAGUUAUUCUCUUCAGAGGCCUGUUAUUUAGUGCAAAUUUAUGGUUUUGUUAGUGAAGACUAAUAUUAGGUGAGAUUGCUAGAUAAGCACGAAUUUCGGCUAUGCCUUUUACGGUUUUCUUUCAUGUAAAGAAAUUUCUUAAGAUCAGGCAACCAAGACUUCUCUUCUCUCUCACAAAGUAAAGAAUGCAAGUAAUGUUAUUAUUUGAAAGAUUAAAAAAAUAUCUAGCUUGAAGAUUCUGCUAGUUUUUGCUAAAUCAAAUUGUUUUCUCAACUGAUAUAGGGAGGCAACUGCAAUAUUUGAAAAUCCUAUCAAACUAGUGAUAGGAGUUCCAGAAUGAACUUUCUGUGACAGAGAGCUGAAAACUUAGCAACUGUUCACUUUUUUUAAAUCUAAAUAUGUAGCAAUCAUGGUACAAGUGAGCAGGCAUGCCUAAAAAAUACAUUUGCAUUGAGAAGUAAUAGAAUAUGAACUUGUGAAGCUCGAUAUUGUGCAAAGUUACAGUAUUCCGGCAAGAUACAACAAAGGAACAUCACUAGACUUAUGUUGAAAUUUGAACUUUCAUUGUGGCCUGGUGGCACCUUUCUUUUUCAACACUUCAAUUGAAAGGAAGCGGCUAGUUGACACUCUUUCCUACCUGAUAUCUAUCAACAUAGCCACAUCGGUUUGUGCCUCUUCAGUGGAUGGUAUAACCUAAAGAACAUUUGCUAGACUCGAAAAAAGCGACAAACAAAAAAUCAUCAGCUUUGCAUUUGUUCCUUUGUCGGGGAGUAAUUAUUCUCUAUGCUUCUUUUAAUUUUUAUAUGUUGUUACAUUUUAAUUAUAUCUGGUCUAUAUCUAUGGCAUUACCUAAUGAAUUAGUUUGGAUAAUGGCAGAGUCACCCUUCUACCUUGUAUAUUAUCUGCUUAUUGAUUUGAGUAUUCUAUGAAAUUCCAUGUCGUAAAAAAAAUCAUAACGUGUAGGAUUCAUGUACUUGGUUCACCGCUGUUUCUUCAUCCCUCAUAUGUAAGUGAUGCAUGAAACCUAUCUAUUUCUGAAAAUGCUGUGUCUCAUACUGUUACAACUUGUCUUAACAGUACUCAAAGGGGCACCUUCCUUGCUAAGCAGAACAUGUUUUCAUAAGAUGUACCUAUUUUGGCCAGGGAAUCCUGAUACUUAACAUUCACAAUAUCAAAUAAAAACAAAAAGUAAUAGAUCCAAUCAACACAGAAGUUGAUGAUAAAGGAAGAUACUUCAUUUUGGAGAACCGAUUCGGGUUCAGUUGGCUAAUGGCGUCACACCGAGCCCACCCACAUUCGACUCUCACCUCCGUGGAUGCUCAUAUUUUGAAAUGCUCAAAAAUGCAGUUUUAGGUUCUUAACUAAAGUUCUUGAUUUCAUUGGACUUCCCGAGAUUUGAUGAAUGAUAGAGAUAGAAAUAUACUGCACUGCUGUGCCUCUGUAAUGUGACUGACCACCUUGACUUUGACAAUACUUGAGGACAACUGGUCUGGAAUCUGGAUCUAAAGCCAUUUUAAAGUGUUCAUGAAAGGGGUGGUCCUGGUGAGCUGCCAUCAUGAUUUCAUAUGAGCUAGCCAUCAUAACUUUGGUCAAUUAAGAUUUCGCUCCAGUUGUGCAUGUAUAAAUAUGUUAUUUGUUCCUACUGCAAGUUUCUUGCUUUAUUCUUCUUGUAUUUGCUACUUCUGGAGUGGCAGACAUGUCAUGUUUGGAUCUACUAAGUGCACUAAGCAACCUCUUCUCAACUGAACAUAAUGGUACAAGAACCAGCUAACUGUGAUUAGAUUAUCAGCAGGUACUUCUUUUUAUUGGACAUUAUUUUCAAUUGUUCCAAGUAAACUUGCAGAUAGGAUGGAGUAUACCAGACUCUUUUGGUUGGUGUUGGAAUUCUAUAAAAGACAGAGUCAUGAAAACCAAGUGAACAAAACAAAAUAGGUUGCAUGACACUUAACAGUAACAUGUAGUGUUGGCUUCACACUUCGAAUUGUACGGUCUAAAUCACCAUUUGCCUCAAGUGCGAGAGGAGGAUCCAGAGUCCAGUUGCAACAACCUCAGAAGCUAGUCCAAACUAGUGGGAGGUUGUGUGCACAAACCAGAAGGUAGACUGAAGAAUAGUAAUGGCUCGUGGUAAGGUUCAGAUGAGAAGGAUAGAAAACCCAGUGCACAGGCAGGUCACCUUCUGCAAGCGGCGAAUGGGCCUUCUGAAGAAGGCAAAGGAGUUGUCCGUUUUAUGUGAUGCUGAUAUCGGUGUCAUGGUGUUUUCUCCUCAUGGAAAGGUUUAUGAGCUAGCUACCAACGGGAACAUGCAAGGCUUAAUUGAGAGGUACAAGGGUAGCAACACAGAAGCACAUGGUGAAAGUAGCGAGCAGAACAAACCCGAGGUAAUACAGCAAGAGGUACUACUCUUAAGGCAAGAAAUUGACUUGCUUCAAAAGGGCUUAAGGUACAUGUAUGGAGAGAAUGAUAUAAACCACAUGAAUCUCAAUGAGCUGCAAGCCCUGGAGAGUAACCUUGAAAUUUGGGUACACAAUAUCCGCUAUACAAAAGUAAGCUAUAUCUCCUUCUCCGCACAAACUAAAAUCUUUUCAGAAAUGAUUAUUUUUAAUAUACUGCCCCUUUCUGCUGAGCAGAUGCAGAUCAUAUCUAGGGAGAUUGAGAUGCUCAAGACCAAGGAAGGUAUACUGAAGGCUGCAAACGACAUACUUCAAGAAAGGAUAAUUGAGCAGAGCGGGAUUCUGGACACCGGCAGCAACAUGAUGAUGCCACAAUUUCCCUUCCAGCGAACCAUGGAGGGUGGAUACUACUUCUAGCCUAAACAACCAACCUAUCAAGCUAUCUCGCCUGUUCGGGUUUGAGUUCAACAAGGCUACCCUUUAUGGAACUCACAUAACCUUAUGUGUGCCACUUCAUGUUGUAAAAAGGAGAAAGAAGAUCAGCAUCUGUCGAUGUACAUGCUUUUUCAUAUGUAGAUUCGUCCUCUUUCAGAUUGGACUGUUCGCAGAUUGCAUGAUGUUACUGCAGUUUCCCCUCCAGCUAACCAUGGAGAGGAGUACUCGUGUAGCCUGAAUGACCGACCUAUCCAAGUUAUCUCCUAGUUCCGAUUUGAGUUCAACAAGGCGACCUUGCAAGGACGUCUCAUAGCCUUGUGUAUGUAAAUUCAUGAUGUAAAAAAGUACAAACAAAACCUGCAUCUGUAUCUGUAUCUGUAUCUGUACAAGCUUUUGCAUAUGUAAAUUCACUGUCUUUCA